AUGUCCACUGACAAUGGUACGCAACCACAACCAGAGCUACCACAAGACAAAGCCGAAGAGAAAUCGAAAGAUCCAUCGCUUUCAGCAAUAGCCGAGAACAAUAAUGACAGCAGCGUUCCGGAUCCCCGCUUGGAAGUACAAAGUGGUGUGGUUCGCGAUGGGGAGUAUGUAAUCUUGGCGUUCGGAGACGGAAGAAAGUUCUUUGCGCAAUGUCAGACUCGUGCUAGAGGAAAGUCCACCCCCGUCAAGAUCCACAAGCGCUCGUACCACACUUGGCAGUUGGUGGGGUUGAAAUACGGAAAGGUUUUGGAGCUUGGACAAUCCGGUCUGGUUCCACUGCCGGAUGGUGAAGAGGUGAUUCCCUCCAAUCCCUACAUUGCUGAAAAUGCCGUUGCCACGGUAGCAGCAACAGCAGCAACUGAUGACAGCAAGGGUGGAGCAGACGUGGCUGUAGCCGAGGAUAACGAAAUGGAGGAUACCACCUUUCCACCCAUUCAGCAAGACAACGAUAAUCGACAUUUAUUGAUGGGUGACAAAUCCCAAGCUAUGGAUCAAGACGAUCUGAGACAGCUGCGUGAAGAAGGAGCUCAUGGGUCUGAAAUUGUGGAGGCGCUCAUUGAAAAUUCUUCUUCUUUCAAGAACAAGACCGAGUUUAGCAAAGCAAAGUACAUUCUAAGAAAACAGAAGAAGUAUCAACCACGCUGCCGGAUGGUGCGCUGCACAGCAUACACAAUCUGCGAGGCACUCUAUAUCAAGGAUUCCAGAAAAUUAAUGAAUAUGCGCGAAGAUACCCUUGGCCAAAUAUUGAGCUAUUCCAAUGUCAGUGCGGGAUGUCAAGCCCUUGUUUUUGAAAAUUGCAUGGGUAUCGUUACUGGUGCUGUAGCUGAGAGAAUGGGUGGAUACGGACGCAUUUUAUCUGUCUACACGGGACAACAACCAGCCUUUGUGGAAAUGCUCAGUCGCUUCAACCUGACGUUUGCCCAAAGUCACUCCAUCAAAUGGCUUCAUUCCGGCGAUGUUUUUAUGGAAGACAAUACCGAGGCACCACCACCGCCCGCCGACGCUAUUGACACGGAAUUGGAAGAACGAGAACAACUGAAAUGGCCUUGUCCCUUACAAGAACAUACUCGCCAGUACAUGCAAACCAUGGCAAAAGAUAAGCAAAAGAAGGAUUUCUUGGCCAAACGCUGCAAUCGAUUUGCUCGGAAGCUGACACGACACACAACCUUGGAAGUCAACCAAAUGCUAGCCGAACGCAAAUGUGAUAGCGUGAUUAUCGUUACACGAACCGACCCAACGGCCACCUUGCUCGGAUUGUUGCCGUAUUUGGCACCCUCUGGUCCGUUUGUCGUCUAUUGCGAGUUCAUUGAACCCCUGACCGAAUGUUUUCUGGAGAUGCAACGGCGUAGUCUAGCCAUCAACUUGAGACUGAGUGACACCUGGAUGCGAGAAUAUCAGGUAUUGCCAGGAAGAACUCAUCCCAAUAUGAACAUUAGCCAAAGCGGGGGUUUCAUAUUGACAGGAAUCAAACUUUGUCCUGUCACUGGAAAGAAUGAGUUGGACGAGGAGUUGAUGAAGGAGAUUCGCAGUGAGAUUGGGGGUCGCAGAGGGCGAAAGCCCAAAAAGAAAGAAAACCCAUCCAAUGAAAAAGACAGCAACAUGCCAAAGAAAAAGCGCAGGCGCUAA